AAAUGGAAUAAUCACGUAUGACGAUGACGACGACGAUGAUGAUUACAGUGGGGCUGGAAGAGGAGGCGCAGGAGGGCCAAGUAGUCUCCAUAGCGGUAGCCCGACCGAGGAACACAAUAAAAAGAAGAGUAAAAAAUUCGAAAAGGGACAACUGAAGCUGAGGAAAAUGCUAGAAAAAAUAAAGAACAAGAAAAAAAAAAUUAAAAGCCCAUUGGAGGAAGAAAUGACCAAAAUUGAAAACAAAAUGAAACACUGCCAUGAUAUCAGAAAUGAAGUAGCAGCCAUUUCGAAUAGCAUUAUUGGGAAUCAGGACAUGCAUAUUGAGAAGUUCGACUGCCUUUUCUUCAUCUUUAGGGAAAGCUUGACGAAAGGGAGGGAGCUCCAGAGGAGGGCUGCUAUCGGGAAUGGCAGCACCCCCCCAGGCGCGGUAAAUAAACGAGACGAAGGCACCGCCCCAUGCGCGGACGGCAAACCGAACAGCGACGAAUUGGAGAGGAAGGUCAGGUACUACAAAAUGGUCAACGCUCUGAGCUGCAUAUCGAUUUGUACGGUGCUCAAAUGCGUAACGCCGUCAUAUAAAAUUAUCGGCAGUGAAAACAUCCCAGGGGGGGGAAGAAGCACCAGCGAAGGGAACGGAGAAGGUAGCUCUUCAAAAGGCGAGACAAACCAGCGUGUAAACUCUAAUGCAGCGGGAGGAGCCUCGAAGAGCCUUUCCAAGCUGAUGCUAAGUGUAAAUAAGAUAGAGCAAAAAAUAGUGCACUACUUUAAGCAGUUUUGCACCAUCCUAAAAGAAAACAUCCGCCACAAUGUAACUCUGUUUGUGAAUCUGCUAUGCGAAAUAGUUACGGUAAAUUUGCACCUGUCCAGAAGUGAAAGACUUUUUGAGUACCUCACGUUGUAUGCAAAUAUACACACGUACUCGAAGAAGAAACACAACGUCGUCGCGGCGAGGAGAGGAGCACUCACCAAAAAAGGGAAGACCAAUAUGCACCUCCUCUGUAUGAAGUGCCUAAACACGAUUAAGGAAAUUAUCGACAAUGAUUCAAACUUAUCCUUUACCAUAACGUUAGUGGAUUAUUUUACCAACUCUCUUUUUAAGAGGGAACAAAAUGUGAGCCCGAACUUAUUAAGAAUUUUUUCUCAGAUCAGGAUCACUGAGAAGAAGAUCAGCGCAAAAUUAUUUUCUGGUGAGGACGUAAACGAUGGUGGGUUGGUAGAACGGAAGGGUGAUGCAUUGAGGACGAAGACGAAGACGAACGUUUGUGGGGAGUUAAAAAUUAUCGAGAAGAAUACGGAAAGGAUACUUGAUCAGCUUUUUUUAGUUUACUUGUGUGUUUUAAGGGGUCACAAGAAGCACUCCGUCGCCUUGGUGAAGAACGCCCUGCAGGGUAUAGCUCAUUAUGCGCUUUACGUGAAUAAGCUCCUAAUGGAUGACGUGUUUGCGGAGGUGAAGGCGCUGGCCACGGGGGGGGAAGGAAGCGUUGGCGGUGUUGGAAGGGUUGGAAGCGUUGGCGGGGUUGGCAGUGUUGACCGUGUUGACCGUGUUAGCCGCGUUGACGGUGUUGACCUCGCUGGCGCCGCCGUGCCGGCGCCCCUGAGACUCACCUCCGCGCGCAUUUUUCUCGAAAUGAUAAACAAAGUAACGGAGGACAGCUUCUACAUCGACUGCUCCUGGGUGGCGAAUACCCUGCUGCCCCUCCUGGACAUAUCCUUGCCCUAUUUCCACCUGGGCUCCCUGAACUUCCUCGUCGAGCACCAACAUUUUGUAUACAGCACCUUCGCCGAUUUUGGAAAGUGCAUCCAAAGUGAUCCCUUCUCAGGGGAAAGACAAAACGGGAGAGACAUGGAGAAUGCGGAAUGGAGUAACCAUGGAGAGGGAAACCAAACAGGGGAAGUACAGAUGGGGUUCAAAAACACAAGCGAGAAACACAACUUUUGCGCAGAGCUGCUGUACUGUAUUGAAUUGCUCCUAAAAACAAAAAGCUUCACAAGUACCCACAACACUUUCAAGACAAAUAACAAUCAGUUACUAGCCCGCAUCGUCUUCGAGUUGCAUAACAUUGCUAUGCACUCAGACUAUGUGAUUUCUUUUUGUAUUCUAAGUGUUGUUAAAAAAAUUUUGGAAAAGAACCCACUGGUCAAAUCUAUUGUAGAUAAGGAAGGAAUAGUGAUCUCAUCUAUGAAUGAUAAUUUGUCUAUUUUUUUUUCGAACUUUCUUUUUCAUUCCUGUUUUUCUGAUGACGUAUCUUCCUUGGCGUUGGACAUCUCUUUGUAUGACUCUGACGAGAGUAGGAACGCCAUUUUGAGUAGCUACAUAAGUCAGCACGUACGGAGGAAGAAGGACCCAAAUAAAGUGAUCCAUUUUAAUCUCUCCUUGAGUGAACCCAAAAUUGUAUACUCGGACGAAUUUAUGAAGUACCCCCCCCCGGAUGAAUGGGAUAGUGAAUCAACCCAAGGUGUCUUCAAGAAGUUGCUUCCUACCCCCCGUGAUGUAACUGGUUUGUGUUUUAAGAAGGCUUCUUUUGGGAAACCUCCUUUACUUGAGAAGAAGGCCCCUCUCAAAUUCACCGGCACAAGUGCGAGCGUAUCGGUUAACCACGUCCCUUCAUAUAUGCUCACCGCGAUGGACUUUGUCGAAAUUGUUUUUUCCCCCUACGAGGACUUUAUCAGAUAUUUUGAAAUGGACUUCGACAGGGGGGAAGAAGACCCCCACGAUCCAAGUGUCCAACGCAAGAAGACUCACGUGGGGGGAAGCAUCAAAGGGGGGGCGGUCAUCAAACAACACGGUAGGGUAAAUCGAAGGGGCAUUCGAAAGGGGCGGAAGAAGCGCCACGCGGGGAAGAGCGGCAACAAGGCAGGUUGA